AUGGAACAGUNGCAAAGUAUAUUAGAUAGUUCUAAAGACGACUUCGAGGACGCAGAUGAAGUUUAUGAAGCAAUUGGACAGGUUUUACAUGAGGUAGAAUACAAGUCCCAAAACGAGGUUAAACAAAUAUGCACGGAUCUGCUAAAUAUGUUGAAAAGUGGUUCCAAUGGCAUGGCAAGGAGAAACAAUGUUGUAAACAAAGUAUUAAGCACACCUAUUCACAUGGGCUCGAUGACUGCAACUUUGGAGGAGGAGGUUGAUGAAAUGAGAAGUAUUUGGGUCACAACUAGAGAUGAUUCUUCAAAAGUGGAUGCCAAAAAAUUAGAAAAAGCAGAAGCCAAAUUAAGACAGAAACAGGAGAAUCGUAAUUGUGAAACUGGGGCUAAUAAAAAUGGUGCUUUACCUGCACUUGAAACUGCCACGGUCAGUCAGGUGAUAAGUAAAAAGGACAAUAAGUUAGAAGGUAAAGGCGGAACAAAUAGGACAAAUGAUGUUAGGAUAGAAAAUUUCGAUGUAGCAUAUGGAGACCGAGUACUGUUGCAAGGAGCCGAUUUGACGUUAGCCUUUGGCAGACGGUAUGGAUUUGUUGGACGCAAUGGACUUGGUAAAACAACAUUACUGAGAAUGAUAUCUAGUAAACAGUUACAAAUACCUUCACACAUACGAGUUCUACAUGUGGAACAAGAAGUGGCUGGUGACGACACAUCCGCUCUCGAGUCGGUGCUGCAAUCAGACGAAGAGCGCUGUGCACUUUUAAAACGCGAAGCAGAACUGCAAGCAGCGAUCGAGAAGGAAGGAAAAAGCAAUGACGCUCUAGGUGAAGAAUUAGCAAAAGUUUUCGAGGCGAUACAACUUGCAGAGGUAGAAAAAGCUCCUGCACGAGCAAGCACAAUACUAUCUGGUCUUGGUUUUUCUGUAGAGCGCCAAAGUUGGCCAACUAAAUCUUUUUCGGGUGGAUGGCGCAUGAGGCUUGCCUUAGCACGGGCUUUGUUUUCCAAACCAGAUCUUUUACUACUUGAUGAACCCACAAACAUGCUGGAUAUCAAGGCCAUCAUGUGGCUCGAACGUUAUUUGCAAUCUUGGCCCACUACUCUUCUCGUGGUCUCUCAUGACCGUAAUUUCCUUGACACUGUGCCUACUGAUAUACUUUAUCUAAAAGGACAGAAAAUUGAGUCAUAUCAUGGGAAUUAUGAACAAUUUGAAAAGACGAAAGACGAGCGUGAAAAGAAUCAGCAACGAGAGUUUGAAGCGCAACAGGCUAAACGAGCUCACGUUCAAGAAUUCAUUGAUCGUUUCCGUUAUAAUGCAAAUCGCGCUUCAAGUGUUCAGAGCAAAAUAAAAAUGCUCGACAAGUUACCAGAACUCAAGGCAGUAGAUAAGGAGAGUGAAGUUACACUACGUUUCCCCGACGUUGAUCCUCUGAAUCCUCCCAUACUCCAAAUCAACGAAGCCGCAUUCCGUUACCCCAACAGCAAGGAUUUUAUAUUUACGAAUGUAAGUUUAAGUGCCGAUCUGCAGUCGCGUAUUUGUAUAGUCGGAGAAAAUGGAGCUGGUAAAACGACGUUAUUAAAAAUAAUCACCGGCACACUAAGUCCCAUUAACGGCACUGUACACACACAUCGCAGUCUAAAGUUUGGAUACUUUAGCCAACAUCACGUGGAUCAACUUGACCUUAGGGUUUGUCCUGUUGAACUUCUCCAAAAUCACUUUCCAGGUAAACCUAUUGAGGAAUAUCGAAGAAUGUUGGGUAGCUUUGGAAUCACUGGAGAUUUAGCUCUUCAAACAAUACACUCGUUAUCAGGAGGGCAAAAGUCAAGAGUUGCCUUUGCACUAAUGUGUGCUGCCAUGCCGAAUUUCCUAGUUCUAGAUGAACCAACCAACCAUUUAGAUAUUGAGUCAAUAGAGGCUCUAGGGAAAGCUAUCAACAGCUGCCAAGCUGGUGUGAUACUUGUAUCUCACGAUGAAAGGUUAAUUCGUAUGGUGUGCAAGGAGUUAUGGGUAUGCGGUGGAGGUUCUGUAAAAUGUAUAGAAGGUGGUUUUGACGAGUACAGAAGGAUUAUU